GCAUGCAGCGCUGCUGAAUACUUCUCCAAUUCUACGCUAAUCCAAUUGUACCCCUCAAUUUUACAACUACAGCCGUUAUCACUUCGACAUAUCUACCAACAAAUGCUGUACUUGCUCGCUUACGCCGAAUAUUAAUUGAACUUACGCUCUGGCGACUGCGGAGUUUAUUUUGAAACUGACCAUAACAGCGCGACUGCUGACUCCUCCGAUUGCACCAGAAGAGAUAGUAUAUAAAAUGCGAUGCAAAUCUCUUCUUACUCCAGCGUCCGUGUACAAGCCAACUGCACAGUUCAUUCCUAACUGAUCACUUGCACAGAUGGCAAAAACCAGAGUCAUAGUAGUAGGUGCUGGCAUCGCUGGUCCCGUUCUUGCAAUCUUCUUGAAGACUAAAGGCUACGAUCCUAUCGUGUAUGAAAGACUCCCGAGUCCAGCAGAGGGUGGACUCAGCUUCUUGCUGCAGCCUAAUGGUCUCCGUGAUGAUUUACUGUUCUCCUUGGAUGGAAAGGAGGACAUUCUUGUCGACAAUGAUGUUGCGCCUGAUACAAUGCGGGAACACUUUGGUUUCCCCAUGAUCGGAGUUCGACGUGCAGAGUUUCAACAGCUUUUGAUCGACACGGCCGAGAAGCACGGCAUUAAGAUCAAGUGGGGCCACCAGGCUAUUGAGUUUGAGCAAAGCGAAGACGCAGUAGAAGUCACGUUCGCAAAUGGCAUCAAGGAUACGGCAAGCUUUGUCAUAGGCUGCGACGGGCUGCACAGCAAUACCCGAAUUGCACUCUUUGGGAAAGAGAACGCAAACUUCACUGGAUUGGUGCAGUUCGGUGGGCUAUCUCCAACACCACCUGCUCUUCGUGGAAAGGGUGUGAGUAAUUACGGGAAUGGUCGCCAUAUGGUUUACGUACCCUGCCAAGGAGAUUGGAAAACACAACACGUAGAACAACAGAACGAAAUCCGAAGAGGAUCCCUCUCUGAUUGGGGGAUCGUAAAGUAUGGUCUCUACGACCGACCUGAACUUAAGUCGUGGUUCAAGGGAAGAAUCCAUCUGGGACAAGGUGCCAAUCAAGCGUUUGAGGACAUUUACCAUAUUAUGCGGCUUUUGAAGAAAUACAACCCUUCUGCUGGCCAUCCCUCAACAGAGUUGUUAUCGGCAAGGGCUAGACAGCAAGGGGAGGCUCGGGUUGUCGAAGGCAUCGAUGCAUGCAGGGUGAGAGAUGAAAAAAUCCGGGCAGGGUCCCAAGAUGAUGCGGCGAGGAUGGCCCACUAUGAAUUGUUAUCUGGACCGUUUAAGGACAGCGAAAUGUAGGUGCCUCCACUAGUACUUGUUGUACAGAAUUCGAACGGGAUUUGCCGCGUUGCACUUGACAUCCAGUAAUAACGCGUCGGACAGCAAUGAAUCCAUAUUUAGUCAUCCACAGCGAGCAAAAUAUUAGACCAAAUGACACCUGCAUACCAUGUAGCAUUCCAGCUGAGCGCUGAAAUCCUUACUGGCAUUGUGCUUGCAGAAGAACUACAGCCUAGUGUAAUAAUUUAUAUACUAAUAUUCUCACAGAUCAGCA